AUGGUCAAUGACACCAAGUCCAAGAAGCCCAAGGGGAAGCCCAUCACCCUGAAGAUGGCACAGAACUGUGUGGAGCUGACCAUGGAUGGGAAGCGCUGUCUGAAUCUGAGUUUUAAGGAGAUCACCGCCGUGCCCAAGACCAUCCAGAAGCUCAGCGAGAUGGACCAGCUGGACCUGAGCCGCAACCUCAUCCGCAAGAUGCCCGACUUCAUAGAGUGCUUCGCCAGCAUCACUGUCCUCGACCUGCACAGUAACUAUCUCGAGGAGGUCCCUGUCACCAUCGGCCGUCUUCAAAACCUGGUUCUCCUAAACCUGUGCAAUAACCGCCUGACCUCCCUGCCAGACGAGAUGGGCCUCCUCCAAAACCUCCUCACUCUGAACCUGGGUUUGAACCAACUAGACUCCCUACCGGCCUCUAUUGGCAACCUGAAGGAACUGCGCCACCUAGGGCUGUCUGACAACCGCUUCACCCAGCCGCCCCGCUGCCUGAGCCGCCUAAAGAAGCUGCAGAGAGUCAAUCUGGACCGCAACCCCCUGACCCUUGUACAGACACAUGAACACCCCCCGCAGGAAAUCAUACCGGUAGCGUCCAAACACUACAUGGUGACAGAGAACCAGCUGUGUGGAGACUGUCUUAGGAGGUGUCAGAAUGAGAAGAGCAAACUAAUGGAAACAGAGGAGCAGCUCCAAAUAGAAAGAGAGGAGGAGACAGAGCCGCAACAUGGAGGACACACCUGUAGAGGACAGUUUAAAGACACUGGGUGGACACAGGCACAUGAAGUGCCUGCAGUGUCUCUGCUCCUGGUGCUCCUGUGGACCACACUGAGACACCAUCAGUUCCGUUCUGAGUGUCUUCCACAAUCAAAUCUGCAUCCACUUUGUCCCCGUCAGACCCAGAACGACUACAUCAGCAUCGAGAACCAGAGCGGCUGUUUCUCUGCUCUGGAGAGACAGGGAGGCAGACAGGAGUUGUCUCUCAACGGAAUGGGCUGUGUCUACAAAGGCAUCAUCCAACAUGAGUUCAGGACUGAGCAGUCAAAUGUUCUGUAUGCAAAGCUCCUGGAUGCAAACGACCUGCCGGAGUUUCACUCCAUCCCCCCACACUGGCAGUACAUCAGUCACACAAACUCACAGCAGCAGAAUGAACGGAGAGUCUAUGGAAGAGAAGCUGUGUGGACCUAA